GUCAAGAUGGCCACCCCCGGGCGAGGCCGGGCGGGGCGCGCCGUGGGGGUGUCUGGGAGUUGUAGUCCGAGCCCGCGCGCUGACGCACUUCGCCGCUAGCCGACGGGCGCCAUUGUGCGCCGCGCGCGGUUGAUGGAGCUGCUAAUGGGCAGGCAGGCUCCUCGGCGUAGCCUCACACCCCUUCCACCUCCCAAAUUCGACCUUCUCAGGACUGUGCCCACGCCCCCGAGACCCGUCAAAGAGGAGGAAAAUAUGGCCUCCCUGCUUCCGACUGCCUGGUUCCGUGAACCAGUGAUCUUUGACGAUGUGACCCUCGGUUUUACCCCGGAGGAAUGGGAACUGCUGGACCUUGAACGGAAGUCCCUGUACAGGGAGGUGAUGCUGGAGAACUACAGGAACCUGGUCUCAGUGGAACAUCAGCUUUCCAAGCCAGAUGUGGUAUCUCAGUUAGAGGAGGAGGAAGAGCUCUGGUCGGUGGAGAGAGGAAUUCCUCAAGACACCUUUUCAGAGUGUCCUGAGCCUCCACCGGAUCCUCAGUUGGAUCCUCUUCCUGCUGGGAAUCCCCUUAUGAAAAUAGAGGUUGUUGAAGUCCUCACACUGAACCAGGAGGUAGCUCGUCCCCGGAACGCCCAGAUCCGUGCCCUCUAUGCUGAAGAUGAGGGCCUGAGCCCAGACAGCCCCAGAGAGCCCACUCAACAUCCUGUCACGCAUCCAGCUGACCCUGAGGCUGCUCGUCAGAGGUUUCGGGGAUUCUGCUUUGAGGAGGUGACAGGGCCCCGAGAGGCCCUGGCCCGGCUCCGGGAGCUGUGCCGCCACUGGCUGCGGCCCGAGGUGCACUCCAAGGAGCAGAUGCUGGAGCUGCUGGUGCUGGAGCAGUUCCUGGGCGCGCUGCCUGGGAAGCUGCGGAUAUGGGUGGAGUCGCAGCAUCCAGAGGACUGCCUGGAGGCGGUGGCCCUGGUGGAGGAUGUGACCUGGAUAUCUGAGGAGGAAGCAUUGCCCGCCAAGGGCCCCCCCUGCCCUCCUGAGACCACAGCUCAACCGGAGGAAGAGGAGGAUGUAGCUGUCUGGCCAGCAAAGAUGCCACCGGAGGAUUUUCAAGCAAACCCCCAAAGCAGGGGCACCCCCUGCACCGCAGUGUCCCAGCCAGCCUGCCUCCUGCCGCCCGCUGGGCAGACACAAAGUGUGACGUUGCAGGAGCCAGUGACCUUCCUGGACAUAGCCGUGGACUUCAGCAAGGAGGAGUGGGGGCUGCUGGACCCUUCGCAGAGGACCGAGUACCACGACGUGAUGCUGGAGACCUUUGGGCACCUGGUCUCUGUGGGGUGGGAAGCUACACUGGAAAGCAAACAGUUAACUCCGGAGUCUAACAUUGCGGAGGAAGAACCCGCCCAGGACCUGAAAGUGGAUGAGUCCCCAAAGGGUGGUGCCUGGGCCUCCGCCUCGAGAGGCGUCUUGCCAGCCGGGGCCCCAGAGGCCCUAGACACGGCGCUGAAACAGGUGGCGCUUCCCCAGGAAAGGUCCCUGCCCCAGAAGCUGCACCGUGACAGCUCCCGGCCCCAGGCAGCCACCGCCCUGGACACAAGCCCCGUCCUGCUGCAGAGGACUCUCACCGGGAGACGCUUGCGCACCCGUAGCUCCCGGGUUAAAAAAGUGACGUGCAAUCCCCGGGCAAACAUUCAUCAGAAGAGCCACAGGGCGGGGAGAGCCCGGGAGAGUGGCCGCGGGAGGACCUUCGGCCGAGGACCUCCGCACGUCACAUUCACAAGGAUUCACAAAGGGAGCCCGGUCUGCCGGUGCAGCGAGUGCGGCAAAACGUUCCGGAACCCAAGGUACUUUUCUGUGCACAAGAAAAUCCACACCGGCGAGAAGCCCUACGUGUGCGGGGACUGCGGGAAGGCGUUCGUGCAGAGCUCCUCGCUCACCCAGCACCAGAGAGUCCACACCGGGGAGAGGCCGUUCGAAUGCCGGGAGUGUGGGCGCACCUUCAACGACCGCUCGGCCAUUUCCCAGCACCUGAGGACCCACACGGGGGCCAGGCCCUACCCGUGCCAGCACUGCGGGAAGGCCUUCCGCCAGAGCUCGCACCUCAUCAGGCACCAGCGGACGCACACCGGGGAGCGCCCCUACCCGUGUAACAAGUGUGGGAAGGCCUUCACCCAGAGCUCGCACCUCAUCGGGCAUCAGAAGACACACAGUGGGGUGAGGUGCAAGAAGAAACAGCCUGCCGCCUAGCCCUCGAGGGGGUUGGGGGGCCCGGGCCUUGUCCGCGUGGUCCUGCACCGUCCUGCAGGGCCUGGUCGGGAUUCAGGACCAGCGUGGAGAGAGGCGCCGAGCGGUGGUGUUCUCUUAAGGCCGCAGGAGACCGCCCUGCGUACAAGUAAACGUGAAAACCGGUGGCGAGUUGUUGCUAAUGAAUCCAACAAUUGGAAACACAGAUCUACACUUUUUAUUCAGUUGCUUUGUUGUAAUUAUUUGUUCAUUUGGCCACCAAGAGUGAUAUUAGUGAAACCUGAAAAUGCUCAUGAUGUAUGUUUGAAAAGCCAGGUACCAAAAAGUCUGUGCACUGAUGUAUUUGUGAUAAAAUAUUUAUGCAUAUGGAUAAGGAUUAAAAGAACAUGGAUAAAUAAAGUAUAUUUCUAUGGUAGAA